UCCAUUCUCCCAUUUCCACACUCUCACAACCUAAACACAAAACAGAAAGUUUUUAGGGUUUCUGAAUCUCCACCCACCACUCUAAUGGCUUCCAACAAAAUCCACCACUUGAGACAAUCAGCCAUGGAAGCUGGAGAUCCUGGCAAAUAUUAUAUCAAUCCGUCUGAGAAACUGAUGAGCAUAGCAUCUAAAUGGAGAGUUGUAGAAUAUGAAGAUUCUAUUGAGGUGAUUUUCGAUGAUGCUGCUUUGGGGAAGAGUCCUGUUUUUGCCAGAUGCUACAACUAUCAGGCUAUUGGCGAUUCUGUAAACAAGGAUGACGAGUUCGGUUUCAUAAUGAAUACUGAUUAUCUUGAUGCUAGGAAAAUUGAUAUUGAGAUGAAAGAUGGCUUUACAAAGUUUUACGUUCCUAAAAUCAAAGUUGAAGAAAACAAGAAGAAGGUUGCUGGAUUGCAGGUUUGAGUAGUAGUAGUAUGAGAAAUUGAAGGUGGGUUCUUCUAGAUCUUGGUUUUUAUGAAAAUUUCUUUCUAGUCCUUUUCUACUUGUUCUAGGAUUUCUGGUUUUAUUUUCUAGCUAGGGUUUUUGAGAGUAGUUACGUUGAGAUUGGUACUUUUAUAAUCAUCAUCAGGAGGCUUAAUUAAUGAUGAAUAUCAGCAUAUAAAACAUGAUGUACUCCUUCUGUGUGAUGGAUUAAUUAGUACUAUUCGGUUUCUGUAAUGAACGAAAAUUUCAUGGAGUAAUUAGCUUCAAAACUGAAAGAAGGUGUCGGCCAUGAAAAUGCAGAUUUUA